GUGGUUGCAGUUUUUCAAAGGGAUGUGAACGGUUUCCCAAGAUAGGACCCAAGGGACUCUAGGACCCAGAGGCUGCGCGCGACGCCCGCAGGGCGAACUGUAUCCUUUUGAGCUCCCGCGCCACGGCCUGAGCCGUCGUAGGGCGCGGGUUCGCGGCCCGCCAGGGGACGGUCACCGCAGAGACGCAGCCGGCACUGGCGAGCGAGCUAGCGGGCGGCGCACGGAGCGCGUGGGCGUGUCCUGGCGGGGCUGCGCAGCUCGCCCCACCCCACCCCACCCCAGCCAGGUCGGCCGCCCCCCCCAGGUCCAGCUCCAGAGCCCAGGCCGGUCGGCCGGGCCCGCGUGCCCUCGGCGGGCUGCGCAGAGCGCGGGAGCAGUUUGGGGCUGGGCAUGCUGGGAGCCCCUCGAGCAACGGCCGCCGCCGCCGCCGCCGCCGCCGCCACAGCCACACAGCCGCCGCCACUGCGUCCGUCCCCGGUGAGCGCCGCUGACGCGCGGAGAUGAAAUUCCCGGCCUCGGUGCUGGCGUCCGUGUUCCUGUUCGUGGCCGAGACAACGGCGGCGCUCAGCCUGAGCAGCACCUACCGCUCGGGCGGGGACCGCAUGUGGCAGGCGCUGACGUUGCUUUUCUCGCUACUGCCUUGCGCGCUCGUGCAGCUCACGCUCCUCUUCGUACACCGCGACCUCAGCCGCGACCGCCCGCUCGUACUGCUGCUGCACCUGCUGCAACUUGGGCCCCUUUUCAGGUGUUUUGAAGUCUUCUGCAUCUACUUUCAGUCAGGCAACAAUGAAGAGCCUUAUGUCAGUAUCACCAAGAAGAGGCAAAUGCCAAAAAAUGGCCUCUCAGAGGAGAUUGAGAAGGAGGUGGGCCAGGCAGAAGGCAAACUAAUCACCCACCGAUCAGCGUUCAGCCGGGCGUCAGUGAUCCAGGCUUUCUUGGGCUCAGCCCCCCAGCUGACCCUACAGCUGUACAUAAGUGUCAUGCAGCAGGAUGUCACUGUUGGAAGAAGUCUCCUCAUGACCAUAUCCCUGUUGUCCAUUGUGUAUGGAGCCUUGCGCUGCAACAUCCUAGCCAUCAAAAUCAAGUACGAUGAGUAUGAAGUCAAAGUGAAGCCUCUGGCCUAUGUCUGUAUCUUCCUGUGGAGGAGCUUUGAGAUUGCCACUCGAGUUGUAGUCCUGGUCCUCUUUACCUCCGUCCUGAAGACCUGGGUGGUGGUUAUAAUACUCAUCAACUUCUUCAGUUUCUUCUUGUAUCCCUGGAUCCUCUUCUGGUGCAGUGGUUCCCCAUUCCCUGAGAACAUAGAGAAGGCCCUCAGUCGGGUGGGCACCACCAUUGUACUAUGCUUUCUAACUUUACUCUAUACUGGUAUCAACAUGUUCUGCUGGUCUGCUGUACAGCUGAAAAUUGACAGCCCUGACCUCAUCAGCAAGUCCCAUAAUUGGUACCAGCUACUGGUGUAUUACAUGAUGAGAUUCAUUGAGAAUGCCAUCCUCCUUCUCCUGUGGUAUCUUUUCAAGACUGACAUCUAUAUGUAUGUGUGCGCACCUCUGUUGGUCCUGCAGCUGCUCAUUGGGUACUGCACAGCCAUUCUCUUCAUGCUUGUAUUCUAUCAGUUCUUCCACCCUUGCAAAAAGCUCUUUUCCUCCAGUGUUUCUGAAGGCUUUCAGAGGUGGCUCAGGUGUUUUUGCUGGGCCUGCAGGCAGCAAAAACCCUGUGAGCCUAUAGGAAAGGCAGAUCUACAGUCAUCCAGAGAUAGAGAUGAGACACCUUCUAGCAGUAAAACAAGUCCUGAACCUAGUCAGUUCUUGAAUGCUGAAGAUCUCUGCUCUGCUUAAUGGGACCCAAGGUCUCAGGGCACAGGCAUAUUAUUUUCUGGGUUUGAUACCCGUUAUUCAUACAAAUAAUGAGCCCUACAUAGGGAACAAGGCAGGAAGUUAGCUGUUAACUCCUUGUGAGCUGCUCCUCUUUAUAGAGCUCUUGGGUAUGUAGAACUAUAUGGGAAGAAGCCAGGAAAACCUCUGAGUGUUUAAGGGGCAGCCCAAGGCAUCGCAGUUCACAGGUAACCAUGUUAUCUUCUUCUAGGCAUUACUGGCCUUUUCACUAACAAGUUACCCCUGAAAUCUGAGUUGUACUGGUUAGAUUCGUUAGGUGGAAUGAGGAGAGGGGCUUACCUGUUCUCUAGUUUUCCAGACUGCUGGUUUGGGUAACCUGAAGUUUUAUGAUCCCUGAACAUAGUUUUCACCCAAGAGCUGUCCUGGUGACCAAAAAAGAUUACUAGGGUUUUGCCAUCAGCAACAUCAUUCCUGUCAGAGCUUUCAGGGAGGGCUGUUCAAGUUUGGUUUUUGAAUAGAUAGAGGUUUCAUUUUCAUCUCAUUAGGGCUUUUUGUACAUAGCCAACUGUAGCCACCCUGGCAUGCUGUCUCUAAUUGAUUCAAGAGCCUAGAUUUGGAGACUUUGUUCCUUAGCAUCCAUGGAUGCAGAAAUGAGUGAUAAAUUUGGCUAUGGAAGCCCUGGAAUUUUAGGAAAGUUGUGAUUCUUUGAUAUGUUGAUGAAAUUCUGGAUCAGGAGGGGUGUUAAAACAUCAAAAUGAUGGCGGCUUGUAUAAGUAGAAUUCUUACCAUCUUACUCCUGCCUCCCCAUUCCUUGCCUGUCAGGACCAUUUUAGAAGAGUUACCUUGGUUAACUUAAGGGAUUUUUAGAAAACCCCACAGAAAUCUCUCACCCAGUUCGGGUAUAUAGGGAAUUUUCAUUUUCAUUAUUUGAAGGAAGAGAGUUUUCCUCACUACCACCUGUAAUUGGAGAUUGACUUCAGAAACUUUUUCUAAAUUAUAAAGAUGGAAUGACCAGAAAAUUUUUGUCUUUCGUGGAAUGCAAUUUGACUUGGCAUAAUUGUGAGUUAAUUUGAUAAAGAUCUCCAGUUGUAUCCUCAGACACCCUUUAAUGUUCUAUAUAAUUUUUCCUUUAAUCUGAGACCUUAUUUGUUUCAUAAAAGAGGAUUGGGUAGCAUAUCCUCAAUUAUCUUGGAAAAAUGCCUAGAUCUAGUGCCAUUAUUUCUACCAUUAAAAUCUUGAAAGUGAAAUACUUGAAAAGAGGUGGCCAUAAAGAUCACACCAAUUUAGAAUGAAUAUUAAAGUCUGACAGAUUUACAAAAGGGACUCUAUGGACUCGAUUUUACCAUGUGGAAUAGGGAUCCACUUCUCUGUUAACCUACAAAACGUAUUUAUCUGGCCAUUGCACUUCGGAUAAUUUUCAUUUUUAAUUCUUCUUGGUGUCAAAUUUUUAAGUAAUUUCAUGCACACAGGAGAAAAUGCAAUUUGAUAAUCAGUUUCCACUACAUUCAGAGGUCAAGAAAGCAGUAUAUAUUCUUUCACAAGGCAUCCAUACUGUUUAAUAUUUAUAGAGUUCAUAGAAAUAAAUCAAUAAGCUCCUAAAUUAUAGAGCCUCAGUUUUGGUUUUUCUUGUUUGAAAUGUUUUUGAUUUAUCAAUAUUUGUGGUUUAACUUUGUGGGGAUGUCCAGACAGUAGAUCAUUUUUUGUCUAUUUUUAACCAAAUAAGAAUAACACUCAAGACUAUGUUCUCCAUCCCAACACAUCACUUACCACUUGCAUUAUUCUUAAUAGGCCUAAAAUAGUGAGCAUAUAUAAUCAAAAUGAUACUUCAUACAACAUAUACUUCCAUGCACUCUUCAUGUAAUCACAUAUGUGCAUAGAUACACAAUCGUAAUACAUAAAACACCCUUGAAAAUAUAUAAUGACUUUGAAUAAAAUAAAGCUACCCUGUUAAUACAUCAUUUUUUGUUUUUUCCUAAUUAACAAAAGGGCUCUAUAAUGAUUAGGAGAGCUGUAAGGCCAUUCUUUAGUCAUUCCAAGUGUAUAUUUGUAUCACACCAGUUACUUGUGUUCAUUGACACCAAAUAUUUUCAAGCUUUUUGUGAGAAAGAGAUUCUUGCCUUGAGGCUCUGCAGUGGCAAAUGGUAGGGGCAAUAGUGCUCCCUUUUCACCUGAAAUGCCUUCAGCUCAGGCCUUGGGAGUGAGGUGUGGGAGUAGCCACCAGCCUGCCACUGACUAGGCAUGUUAAGAAUUAGACAAGGAUGGAGAGACUGGUUUUUUCCAGCCUUGGUUUGGAAGCUUGUCUCAAAAACCAUUACAAAAUCUUAAUCUUCAAAUACAUUUUAAAUCACUUUAAUUUAGAAGAUAGGUGAGCAACUUGAGUCAUCCCAAACCAAACUAACAAUGCUGGUUUGUCUGACACCCAAAGCCCACUUCACACAUUUAUAAGGACAGAGAUUUGGUAACUCAUUUGGGUAUUUUGUCAGUUUUAACCCUUGAUACACAGGUAUCCCAGCUUUGGGCACAUGUAUGUCCAUUCACUUUGGGGAAGGGAUGUCACUACUUUCUGUGUGGUGAAAACAUAAGCCAUGGUGAACUGAGAAUUUUUGUUUUUAAAUUAUUUAUAUUACUGAAUUGGCAAAAUUACAGUUCACACUGCAGAGCUAGGUUGUCCUGUUGGCAUAAAACAAACCAGCAACUUUUCUCAUGUGUUUGGAGUUAAAAUGUGUUUUUCAGUUAUAAUUUCAAUUUUUAAAUUUCUUGGUGCUUUGUCUAAUUAAUUACAUCCCAUAACUUGUCAGGAUAGUUGCUCCAACUGAAUUGCUAUCAUUUGGCUGGAUGGGGGUGAAGUGUGUCUUCAAAAUAUAUUGAAGUAAGUUCAUCAAACAUGUUUAGACUUCCUCUCAUUGCUGGAGACAGCCCAGUGUAGAGAUUGGCACUUCCCUGUCCAGCACUACAACUUAAUUGCUCUAUGCCUCAGUUUCCCCAUAAUACCCUUUUCCAACCUACCUCACAAGGUUAUCAGAAAGAUCAAAUUAAAUAAUAGAUGUGAAAAUGCUUUGAAAAUGUUUUUAAGUGCUAUGCAUAUUUAUAGAGUUAUUAUAGUUAUUCAAAUCCAUAAGCAGGUUAUUUUUAUUUUUUUACUGUUUGAAAAGAAAUAAGUAGUGUCAUUCAUAUGAGUUCCUGAGUGGAUAUGUGGAUCUUUGGUCUUCUCGACAGAUGCCCUUUCUCUUACCACCAGUUGCUUACAAAAAUAGCACCCAAACACAUGGCACUUGGAAGAAAAAGACCCACUGAAUCUGAGAAAGCACUUUCUGGUGGCAAAUGAAUUUAUCAUUUUAGUAUAGUUUUUGAUAAAGGAUAUAGCAACAUCUUUUGAUAAGUGUGCUUUACAACUUGAAUGCUGAUUCAAGGCAUUAUUUGGAUGUGAGUUUAAUCUUUUCAGCCUUGUAAAUGGGAAAAUAUAUAUUAAAAUUGAUUGUCAAAUACAGCAUUUCUUUGGAAACCACCUUAAAACAUUAGUGCUAUGGUUAUGAGUGUAUGUGCCAGUACUUACCAGUCAAUGCAUUGUGGAUAUGAGCUUUCGUUGACUGCUUCUCUGCAGUCGUUGAUGCUAAUAAAUAUUGUUAUGUUUCUUCAUAUAAUAAAUUAAUUUUUCAAUUUC